GGCGGGGGACGACUCGAACGCGGAAUGUAUAUACGCGGCUGACUUCGCACCGGUCCACUGACGGUCUCCCGAUCUAGCUUGAUCCGACCUAACGUAACCUCGAAGGGAAGUUGUACACCCGCAGGUGCGUUUACCUUGAGUGAAGUUCCGACCUUCUGACAGGAAGAACAGAGAAUGAGCGAGAAGAGAAUGGCAGAUCAUGAUCACUGCAUGCAUUUCGUCGCACGGAAGAGACGGUAUUGCCGUAUGACGGUGCGAGCGGGCAAGCGAUACUGCGGCGAACAUCAACAGAACGUCAACGACCCUGACGUCGCGGAGAACGACAGGAGGGUGAAGUGUCCUUUGGAUUCCACACACACAUGCUACCAGUCGAGGCUGACGAAACACUUGACUGUGUGCAACGCUAAGCGCAGAAUGGAUGCACAGCCGACAUUCAUCGUCGAGAGGGUGAAUCUGGACAAGGAGGACAUGGUGGCGCCAACGCGCGUGCCAUUAUCGCGGCUCGACGAAUUGGUCGUGGAGGCGGUGAUAAAAAAGAUCCAUUUAGCCUAUGAGAAGCUGCCAGAGUUCACUCAAGCCAUACUACAACACAAUGUGCUGAAGGACAGAUUAAAUGAUAAGACGUGCGGCAAUCGCCUUAGGAAGCACUUGCUCCAAAAUGCAUCUCUGCUCGGACAUUUGGAGCAAGCUGGUCUCGUGCAGGAUGACACCUGUUUCAUCGAAUUCGGCGCGGGAAAAGCUCAAUUAACAUACUGGUUGGGCCAGAUCAUAAAGAGCAAAUCGAACUCUUGCGUCUUACUAGUCGAUCGUUCCAGUCACCGGCACAAGAACGACAAUAAGCUGAAGAGAGAGGAGAGUCGCCUCGCGAUAAAUAGGGUGCGCGCGGACAUCGCCGAUUUGCAGUUGAAUCAGAUCACGGAGAUCCAGCCCGUCAAACACAAAGUCGGGAUAGCGAAGCAUCUCUGUGGUACAGCCACAGACCUGGCGAUACGCUGUCUGGUGAAGUCGAUGAGCAUCGAGCCCCGUGUCGAUGUUCGCGGCUUAGUCGUCGCGUUCUGCUGUCAUCACAGGUGCGAAUAUUCGUCUUACGUAGGUCGAAAGUACCUGCAACAAUGUGGCUUCACUGUAGACGAGUUCUCGAUCCUAUGCAGCAUAGUCAGUUGGGCGACUUGCGGUUGUCGUUCGAACAGCGACGCUAAAAGGCAGCGCGACGAAGCGACCAGCCAACAUCCUUGUGAAGAGGACGACAUCGCACAGUCGCCAGAAUUGAGUGAUCGCGAGCUCGUCGGGCGUAAAGCGAAGACGCUCUUAAAUUGGGGUCGCUUGGUCUUUCUGCAAAGUGUCGGAUUUCAAGCUGAGUUAUUUUAUUACACGUCUACCGACGUCUCGUUAGAGAAUAUGUGCAUUGUGGCUACACGAAAACAGUAGAGGGACAGUCAUCUUAAAGUUCUCUAGGUCAGCUGCAUUACUUGAAAAUAUAAAAAGAUUAUUUUCAUAAGUAUUUUUAAUAUUAUGUAUAUGUGUGUGUUACACAGAUUCACACAGAUCAUUAAUGUCAACCGUGAGAAAUAUACUAGAUUCACUUGG